UCGGGCAGUGAGCCACCCGCUCUGGGCAGGAGAUCGGAGCAGACAGAGGUGCACAGGGCAGGAUUGUACGGGGACCGGGUACACGGACAGACAGUGAGCGACGGAACAGCGGUGCCCGGAGCAGGGUAAAGGUGCAUAGUACAAGUGGUACACGGGCAGGGAGUGGGUAACACGGGGUCGGGCAGCGGUGCACAGGACAGUCGGACACAGGGCAAGGGGAUCAGUUGAAGCGGAGCGCACUGUCGACGUGAAGAUCAUGGAGAGCAGGAUAACGCCGGGACCGUAUCGAGCUACCAAGUUGUGGAAUGAAAUUAUUGAGCUUUUUCGAGCUGGAAUGCCUCUGAGAAGACAUCGCCUUCACUUCCGGACUCAUGAUCGCUGCUUUACUGCUACUGAGGGGACUGAUUGGUUAAAUCGAUUACUUAGAAGUAAUCACAAUUUUGGACCUGAUGUUACUCGUUACCAGACUGUACAGCUGCUGAAAAAAUUCUUAAAAAAUCAUGUGAUUGAAGAUAUAAAAGGAAGGUGGGGAAAAGAAGACUUUGAAGAUAAUAAUCGAUUGUACAGAUUUCCUCCAUCAUCCCCUCUUAAGCCAUAUCCAAAAAGGUCAUGUCAUUUCAAUUCCAAAUUUCAAAAUUGGAGCGAAUAUGAUGUUCCAAGGCCAGGUCAUAUCCUAGUAAGGCCUAUAAUUUUGAACUCUGAAUUGUGGCACAAGCGCCACAGCAUUGCAAUUGGGGAAGUUUCAGAAUGCAGAAUUGUACAUCGGGAAAAGGUUUCUCAAGGAACUGUUGAAGGAAUCUGGAAAUCAAUGUCGUUAGCACAUUUGCAGAAAAUCUUGGGGCUUACUUCUCUGGAAGGAGUGCUGGAUCCUAAACAAGUCAAUUCCAAAUAUAUCACCCAUAAUGUUCACCAUGUCAAUAAACAAGGAGUGGUAAUUUUAGACAAUAAAUUGGAAGAGCUUCCACAUUGGGUUCUGUCAGCCAUGAGGUGUUUGGCAAACUGGCCAAAUGGAAGUGAAUUAAAUCGACCAAUGUACCCAGGGUUUGAAAGAGAUGUGUUCAAAACGAUAGCAGACUACUUUCAAAAACCAUCGGAGCCUUUGUUGACAUUUGAGUUCUAUGAACUUUUUAUCAACACUUUAGGUCUUCUGCAGGAACAGCGAGUUGGUGUUGAAGCACUUCAGAUUUGUUGUCUUCUUUUGCCCCCGGAAAAUCGGAGAAGGCUUCAGCUGUUAAUGCGGAUGAUGGCUCGAAUUGCGCUUAAUGUUGAAAUGCCUCACCUUCAUGAAGCUAUUGCCAGCAGAACAUUGAUGAUUCAAACCUUUUCUCGCUGUAUCCUGCGCUCAGAGGAUGAAGUGGAUCUUGAUGAACUAUUUGCUACAAGACUCGUCAGUUUCAUGAUGGAUCAUUAUGAAGAGGUAUUGGGAGUUCCAGACCAUUUACAAAGUGCAGUGGAAGAACAUUUGGCUCACCUCCGAAGAGUUCAGAUUAAGUAUGCAGAUGCUGAUGCUGAUGCUUCACUGGCCUCCCGCACUAUUUGUCAGAAGAUUAGUUCUGAAGAAUUUAAAGAACCUUGGAGAAAUCCUCAAGCUGCUUUAACAGCACAACUGGAAGAAAUAAUAAUGUGUAAAGACAUGUCUGUUAAAGAGAAGAAGAAGAAAUUAAAACAGUUUCAGAAGGCCUACCCUGAAGUUUAUAGAAAUCGUUUUCCAACAACUGAGAGUGAAUCAGUGCUGUUCCCUGAAAAAUCAAAGCUGAAAACUCAACUUAUGUUCUUCACAAUGAGGAAAUCAUUCCAGCCAUUUCAUAGAACCAGGAGUUUCCGAAUGUAAAAUCACUUAGCUGACUGGUGCUAUUGCGAUCGUGAGGAUUUUUUGGUUAAUAACCUCAGUUUUCUCUGGAAUUUGGACAUUGGUGCUAAGAAUAUUUUUGUAUAACCUCUCUUAGAAUUCUCUAGAUAUUGUUGUAAUGGAUAACUGAUUCUAAAAUUUAGGAGAUAUUUACUCUGUAUACAUUUCCAGUGAAUGAAUUUAUAAAGUUUUGUUUUGAUAAUUGAGUGUUCGUGUUGGACACAAAGUAUUAUUUAAGAGUUGUGUGCAUUUUGUUGUUGAUAUUAAACAAUAGUGGCACAUUUGUGGUCCCUUUUUUCAGUGUUAAUUUUUAUGCUUGCUUAUUUGGAAGAUGACUAAUCUCCUUAACUGCAGAGUAGCAAGUAUUUUGAGCACAGGUUUAGCAACUUCGAGGCUCUGUUCAAAUACCACUAAACUGAAUUGUGAACUAUAAUUUGAAAAUGUGGUUACGUGGUCUGGUAUCAGAAUAUUUAUAUGACCUUUUAUCGUCAUUUCUUAAACAUAACUUUUCACAAACAACUUGAAGAGAUUCUUGUUUCUUUGUGGUUCCAGUUUCCUGGAGAUUAGGCAGUUGACUUUUAAUAUGUGCAGCGAAGGAUGGCAAUAAAUGUUGCCUUGCUAGCAAUGCACAGAUUCAAAAAUAUGAUUAAUUAAAGCAAAUUUAUUUUGGAAUAUUUGAUAAAAUUGAUAAACAUUUACUGUGUAGAUUCAAGGCACUGAUUGUAAUUGUUACUUAGGCAGUAGCCAUUACUGGCAUUAUUUCAGUUAACUUAGUUCUGCUGAAAAUCGAUUGAUUUGAAUGGUUUACUUAUUCCUCCAGUCACACUAUAGAUUUAAGGUCCUUUUCAUCCCGCUGGUAAGGAAAUUAAUUGCCAAUCCACAAGCUAUCUUUCUUUUAAGAUCUAUCAAUAGUAAAGGAUUAUAUCUGCACCUGCACCUACCUAAUCUGUCAAAAAGCAAACUAACUGAGUAUUGGUAAUCUGAACUAAAGACAAAAUGUUGGUAGGGAGGAGUUCAGGAAGGAUUUGUCAAGUGAUAUAAAUGUUUCGGCUUAAUGAACUUUUCAUCAGAACUUACCCUCGUGCUAUUUUUUCUCUUCAAGUGAUUACCAAGUGCUCAAAUGCAGAGUGAACUGUCCGUUUAAAUCCUUUCCAGUGCUUCCCUCUUUUGGCAAACCAUCUGCUUGUAGUCUGAUGCUGGGAAUCAUUUAAGUGAGAAAAUUACAGUAUUAAAAGAGCUGAGUGUUUUGGUGCACCAUUGUGUUGUGCUAUUUUGUCACCUAAUUGUUCUAUUUGUUUAUUUUGGCAAAGGGAUACUGGAAAAUAUUGAACAUUUGCUGGCAGUAAACUAACGCUGCCAUAAUAGUAGAACAAAAUGGCAAAUCUAGAGGUGCUAAUCUUUAUUUGCACAGACCAAGCCUGUGCUUAAAUAUGAACUAAACAAACUGGAGGAGAUGAGUUUGUAUUUUCUAAAGUAAAAGACCAUUCACUAACAUCUCUGGUGUAAACAUUAACUUUAAGAGCACAGGAGAUUUGAAGUAAAUUAUUCUAAUGAUCUGGUUUUUAUUAAAGCUUUCCCAAAUCCAAUCCUUACCAUAACAUUUAUGUGCAAGUAAUACAUUAUAUACAAUAUUUUAAUGACUCUUUUGGGUUCAAUGUUUAUCACGAACAAUUCUUCAAUCCAAUAAAAAGAAAAUUUAAUAAAAGACAAUUUGUAAUGGAAGUGUCCACCUCAGAUGCUCUGUAGAAAAUGCUGUGCUUUUUGGCAAUGAUUUAUAUGAAAACCAUAGGAAACUGAACAGCCAAGUUUAAAAUGCUGCAAGCAAAAUCUGGCUAAAUAUAGUUCUCCCCCAUCCCAUUGCCAUAGGAAUCUGGAUGUCACAAUUUAUCAACCAGGUUAGGUAUGGUUUGGUCUUAGACUUGGAAAUAAUUGCAAAUGAGUGAAAGUUAAAAUGACUUCAGUAAAAAAACGUGCUUCUGCAAUUACCAAAUAACGGUAAGCAGACUUUUAUUAAUUUUGCACAGUUGGUCGAAUUUAUUGUAUGAGAAUGAAUUUUCAUGGUUUGGCCUGAUUUGGUAAAUUGAAAGCCGCUGCUUAGAUCCUGCAUCUACUGUUACAAGUCUCAAUCACUGAAUAUAUUUUAAAUUGUUAUAUUCUUCACUGUUACGCUUUGUUCAAAUGUUACAUCCGUGUUUUUAUUGUUGUCUCUAUCAACCUGAAGGUGUACUCUAGAUUCAUUUUUCUCAAUUGUAAAGACUUUGGGUUUUUUCUUUGUACUGUUCUUUGGCCACAAGAUGGCAUAAUGUCUUGUUUCCAAUCUUCGAGUGAUACUGCUGCUGCUGGUCAGCAUGAAAGUGUUCUGCUUUAAGCAAGAUGCUUUUUUUAAAUAAAAUCUUUCUGACAGGAA